CAAUAAAUCGUAUGGGGAGAUGCAGCUUGCCUUAAACGUAAAUUAAGGUUUGCUUGGAAAAACAGAUACGUUUCAGCCUAUGCGUCGCAGUCAUACUUGUGUGCGUGUUUUAACUUUGUUUCCUGAUUUUGCUAAAUAAUAAGACAGAAAUAAUAAUACAGAAAAACUAAACCCAACCAAAUGCUUAGGGAUUUACACACAGACCUUGAAAUUUACGAGUUUCUUCCCCACGUUUACCUCACACUCGGCCCCGCCCGAGGAGUCGUCGCUCCCGCCUCCCCUUUUCCCGCCCGGGCGGCGCUGAGGCGAGCAAUGGCCGCCGCCGAGGCUGCCUCCUCCCUGAGGAGGGUGGGCGGCUCCCGCCGCGACGCCAUGUUCCCAGCAUGGGGUAUUCCAGCUGCAGUCCUCGUGACUUUUGCUAGCAUUUACUUUUUACCAUCUCCCAUUGAUCCAGAACCAUUCAUUUUUGAAAAGCCACCUCCUGCCUUAGUUGGAUCGUUGCAAGUGAAUAAAAAGCUUCAGAAUGGACAAAGAAUCUUCACAGGACAACUAAAAGGUCCUGAGUCUUUUACUGUUGAUGAUGAAGGUAAUAUCUACACUGGUACUGUGGAUGGGAAACUGUGGAUGAUCAGUGGUGACCAGCUGCAUUUCCUUACUCAAAUGGGGCAGGAUAUGCCUGAAUGUGGAACUCCAGACUAUGAACCAAUAUGUGGCCGACCCCAUGGAGUCCGAAUGGAUCAGGAUGGUAACUUGAUUGUGGUGGAUUCUUAUUUAGGCCUGUACAAAGUCAAUCCAAGGACAGGAGAGAAAACCCUCCUGCUAUCGAGUGAAAAAGGUGUGGAUGGACUGCCUUUCAAAUUCCUAAAUGGAUUAGAAAUAUCAAAGAAAAAUUUGAUUUAUUUUACGGAUUCAAGUAGCAAGUGGGAAAGACGACAUCACAAAUAUGAGGUAAUUGAAACAAAUCAUCUUGGUCGCCUCUUGGCCUAUGAUCCUGUGACAAGAACAGGAAGAACGGUGCUCAGUGGCUUGUACAUGGCAAAUGGGAUUGCACUGUCUCCUGAUGAAGAUUACAUAUUAAUAGCAGAAACCAGCAUAUGCAGAAUCAUUCGCUAUUGGUUGAGUGGAGCUAAUGCAGGAAAAAAAGAAGUUUUUAUGGACAACCUGCCUGGGUAUCCAGACAACAUCAGAUUAUCAAGUACAGGCUUAUACAGAGUUGGAAUAUCUACUCCUCGCUUUCCUAGUUUCUUUUCUCCUUUUCUGGAUGCUUUAGGACCGUAUCCAUUCCUGAAGAGAUUUAUUGCAAAGGUGACUCCUUUAUCAUUCUACAGCAUUUUUCUUCACAAACAUGGCUUGUUCUUAGAAAUUAACAACAAAGGAGACAUUGUGGCAAGCUUCCAUGACCCUGACGGUAGCGUCACUUGGGCUGUCAGUGAUGUGUUUGAGCAUGAUGGGAAGAUGUAUGUAGGUAAUACAGAGCUGCCUUUUCUUGUGGUGCUACGGUAAACUGUAUCGUUUCCAUAAGAAGGAGCAUCAAAAGAAGGAGCAUUGUUUCAAGCAGCUGUUAAAUUACUUAAUGGAAGACUGCUACAUCACUGAAGGAAAACCAGAACUGAUACCACAUGGUUAAGCAGAAAUGAAAAUACAAUGCAGAAAUACUUAUUUUAGAAGCUUGUGAAAGCCUCAGACUUUCACCUUUAAAUAGGUUAAGGGUACCAAAUCACCUUGCUCUAUAGUUCAGAAAAUAGUUAUGUAUAUAUUUUUAAACAAAUAGUUGCAGACUCA